UGGCCAGCGGCUGCGUUUAUUUUUGUUGCGGUCAAAUGUAAAUAUGAAGUGUGAAUCUCCAAUUGCAUAUACCAAGCAAUACAAAUCGUUAAACAUUUAUGAAAAUUGACAAGAUCGCGUUUUGUUACUGGCCAAUUGAAUACGCAAACGAGAAGCAUCGGCAACGGGCCUCAACAGAAUGGAUGUUGAAAUACCUGUUUUGGCUGGAUAUCUUAAUGUUCCAACGCAAACUGGAUUUUCGCUAAAUCGUAUCUCGAAAAAGAAAUCAUGCAGUCGCUAUUGCCUCCUAUUCAAGGCCAGUCGCCAUGGCAUCGCACGCCUGGAGAUUUGCGAGAAUAAAGAUGACAAGAAUCCAAAGAUCUUCACACUGGAGAAUUGUGUUAAGAUCACACAGGAACCGCCGCCAGCGAAUCUCAUACAGAUUGUCAAGCGGAAUGGUCAGCUAACCCUCAAUACGAACAGCGAUGAAGAACUCAAGGAUUGGGUGACUGCACUGCAAACGGUCGCGUUUUGCGACAAUAGCGGCCUACAUGCCGCCCACGGUGCCAUCGAGGAGGACAAUGAUCUAUAUUGCAGCUCAUUUGACGGAUUGUUUAUUAUCACGCUGAUACCCUCGGAGGCGUCGAUACGGUGCAACAUCGAGCCGCGCACAUAUAUGCUGCAGAUGACGCCAACGGAACUGCAGCUGAAAUCGGAGGAUCUGAAUGUGACAAUUGCCAUGUGGCCGUAUCGAUUCAUACGCAAAUAUGGCUAUCGGGAUGGCAAAUUUCAGUUUGAGGCAGGACGCAAGUGUACAACGGGCGAGGGUGUCUUUACGCUGGAUCAUACCAAUCCGCAGGAGGUCUUCCGCUGCAUGUCCGCCAAAAUGAAGUCCAUGAAGAAGCUGAUCAGCGGCGACAGCCUGAGCAGCAUCGAAUGCGGCGAGAAUCAGUUCAGUGCCGCCGCCUGCAUGGAGCCCGGCUCGCGCAGUCCGCUGCCCCCAUCGCCAUCGAGUAAUCCGCAUGCCGGCGAAUUUGAGAUCAAUUCCACGCAGAGCUGCAUAUCGCUGCGCGGCUUCAUUAGCUCAAAUGAUUCGCUCAAUAAUUUUUCGGCCAACGGCAGCGCCGGCGCCGGCACCGCAGCUGGCAACAGCAUCAGCCUCUCCGUCUCAUCGCAGGCCGCCGCCGCCGCCGCUGUCGCAGGCAAACACAUUCCCAAUAAGCCGCCGCGCAAGCUGCCAACGCCGCUGGAGAAGCUGAAUGUGGUGAGCCCGGCGGCGACGGGUCUGCUCAGUGGCGGCGGCCAAGCUCAAUGUGAUAAAUAUAAGAAUCUUGUGAAAUAUGAACCGGUUGCCAUAACAACAUCAUCGCCCUCGGACGCCAACAGCAAGAACAGCGGCUCGGCUGUGAUACUGAAGCCCGCCUCGCCGGAUCCGUUGCGCGGCAGUCCGCCGGACUUGCCGCUGCGCAACGAGAGCUGCGGCAAGCAGUUGGCGCUGGAGCGCGACUACGAGUCCAUUGAGAACAUAACUGAUGCCUGGAAGACGCGCGGCGUUGGCGAUGUGCGCCACUGUGAGCGCAUACCCGCCCUCAGCUGUGACAGCGAUUUUGUGCGCCAGCGUUCGCUCUCGCAGCGCGACAAGCGCAAGGAUCUGGCCACCAACACCUGCAGCAGCAGCAGCAGCACGCCCAAAAUAAUAGACAUUGAUAUUGGCGAGGGUGUCGGUGUGGGCGUCGGUGUGGGCGUGGGUGUACUGAUCUCGCCGGAUGCCAAUUACGAUCGAUUGGACUUUCUGUCGCCAAACAAUAAAACCUCCAGCGGCUACAAGACGAUUGUGAAUUUAACGCUGCCCACGAAGCGCUGCAGUCCGCCGCCGCCGAACGAAUAUGAACUGAUUGCUAGUCCCGAUACGGAAAGUUUUCGCAAGGCCGAUGACAGUCAUCUUGGCUAUGGGGUCCUGCGCAAGUCCAGCAAUAAUACUGCCACCAGCAACAACAACAACAACAGCAAUAACAAUAAUAAUCUAAUUAACAAUAAUAAUAAUAACAACAACAACAACAACAACAACACACUGCCCGCCACUAACAACAACAACAGCAACAAUGCAGCUGGCACUGGCCAAUGUGCCACGCCCACAACGAACAAGAGCAACAACGAUGCCGCCCUCGAUCAUCGCAAUUACAACGGACUCAACUACACGAUUGUCAGCAAGCCCAAGCGCGUAUGAGAGCGAGACGGCAAGCGUCAGCGAAAGAGACAGCGAGAGCGAGCGAGAGAGAGAGAGAGAGAACACAGACAGAUACAUAGA